ACUAGUUCUCCCAUUCCAGCAACAAAACAACUGAGAAAAUCCACGCUCCUUCAGUUAUUUCCUGGCUCUGAUCCCUCCCGACUUAAUGGCUUGGGCCAUGACUAAGCUCGUGUGGUCUCCUUUGCUCGUGCUGCUCUCGCUGUCCAUGAUGAGCAAUGCCAGCUCGGGCAACGGGAUUGGCAGCCCCGUCGUGUUCAGCGUCGACAACUACGGCGCUCGUGGCGACGGGAAACACGACGACACGCAGGCGCUGGCCAAGGCAUGGAACGCCGCCUGUUCCUCUUCACGCCCUGCCGUCCUGCUCGUUCCCAAGGGCAAGAGCUACCUGCUCAAGUCCCUCACUCUCUCGGGCCCUUGCAAAUCAAACGUCGCCUUCAUGGUGAAGGGUACUUUGGUGGCUCCUCAGAGCAGGUCGGACUGGAGCGAGGACAACAGGAGGCACUGGAUCGUGCUCCAUGGCGUCUCCGGUCUCACCGUCACGGGUGGCGGCACGAUCGACGGCAACGGCGAUAUCUGGUGGAAGAACUCUUGCAAGAUCGACAAGGCUCUGCCUUGCACGGAGGCUCCGACUGCUCUCACGUUUCACAUGUGUGACAAUUUGACGGUCGAGAACAUCAGAAUUGUGGACAGCCAGCAGAUCAAUUUGUCGGUUGAAGAUUGCAGUGAUGUUCGAUUAGCACGUCUAUCCAUCACGGCGCCCGGCACGAGCCCAAACACCGAUGGCAUCCAUAUCACCCGCAGCAAAGAUGUGCAAGUUAGAGAUUGUCUCAUCAAGACUGGGGAUGACUGCAUGUCGAUCGAGGAUGGAACUCACAAUCUUCGUGUCUCGAAAGUUGUCUGUGGUCCAGGGCAUGGAAUCAGCAUCGGAAGCUUAGGAGACGAUAACUCCAGAGCCGAGGUUUCCGGUAUUUACAUCGACACGGUACAAUUAUAUGGCACAACCAACGGAGCGCGCGUCAAGACAUAUCAAGGAGGAAGCGGGUACGCUAAGGAUAUCGUAUUCCAGAACAUCAUCAUGGACAACGUGCAAAACCCAAUUAUCAUUGACCAGAACUACUGUGACUCGGCUAAACCAUGCAAGAACCAAGAGUUGGCGGUGGAGAUUAGUAACGUGGUCUUCAAGAAUAUCAGAGGAACUACCGUGUCCAAGGAUGCCAUCCAGUUGAACUGUAGCAACAGUGUCUCCUGCUCCGACAUUGUCUUGGAGAAUAUCAACCUAAAAAUGGAAGGUGGCGAGGGUGAGACCGAAAGCACAUGUCAAAAUGCGAGAUGGAGAAAAUCAGGAAAUGUUUCUCCACUACCUUGCAAAAACAAAAACUAAGAGGACGAUAUUGUAAUUUAUAAAGAUGUAUAUAGAUUGGAUGUGUACAUGAAAUCAGAAAUAACUAGCCAUACCUUGUGCAUACAGAUGUUCAGAUGUCAAUCAUUCGAAUUUGUCGUUUAGUC